GAUCUUAGUGUAAACAGAAAAGAGGAGGUGCGUGUGUGAAAAGGAGAGCCUUGUCAGACAGAUGUAAUUCACUGUCAGACAGCUUAUCGUCGUUUGAACAAGAGAGAUGGAAAUGGUGUGUAUUUAUGUUCUUAAGUGAAGGUGUGAUGCGUCUUUUCUGUGCAGCUCAGCAGCAGGAAACGGCUCUGAGGAGCUUAAAUCAUCACAUGCAGAUUCACUGAGAGCUUCUACAUAGCAGGGCUGGACCAGCUGUUGAAUAAGGGGUCCAUGGACGAGCUGGACCCAGAGGAGCAGUUCCUGCACUGUGCCCGCAAUGGAGAUCUGCCAGGGAUUCAGAAACUCCUCAUGUCAAAGAUCAUGGAGGAGACAAAGAUCGAUAUAAACUGCAAAGGUAGGAGUAAAUCCAACCUGGGAUGGACUCCACUUCACUUGGCCUGUUACUUUGGACACAGAGAUGUCGUAGAGGAGCUGCUGAAGGCUGGGGCAGAUGUUAACUCGUCCAAUAAUAUUGGAGAUACACCACUUCACAAAGCUGCUUUCACAGGACGAAAGGAGGUUGUCAUGCUGCUGCUGCACUAUGAUGCAUGUGCUACUGUCAUCAAUGGGACGGCACAAAUUCCUAAAGAUGUCACUCAAAAUGCAGAGAUCAGAAGCAUGCUGGAAGCGGCUGAAAGGACAGAGGAGAGAAAACUGGAGGAGAAACUUUUGGAAGCAGCCCGAGAGGGAGACCUCCUGACCCUGACUGAGCUGGUUAGCAGGAAGAAGCCCCUGGACAUCAACUGCACAGAUCUGCUGGGUAACACUCCACUGCACUGUGCCGCCUAUCGAGGCCAGAGGCAGUGUGCCCUGAAGCUGCUCAAGAAUGGAGCCAGCCCUGACAUCAGAAACAAAAAAGGGCAGACAGUGUUUGAUCUGGCCAAUGAUUCGGCAACAAAGCAGGUCCUUGAAGGGAGCCUCAGUCGAGGCACGCCACGCCACGUCAAGAAGUACGAAGGACUCCUGUGGAAGAGUUCCAGAUUCUUUGGCUGGCGCUCCUACUGGGUGGUCCUUCAGGAUGGGGUUCUAUCCUGGUACUCUAAACAGUCAGACGCUGCUGUCAGUGUCAGAAGACAAGGCUGUAAAGCCCUAACACACUCUCACUGUUUGAUCCGUGCUAAAGAUAACUGCUUUUUUACCCUGAAGUGCUUCGACGACAGCGUGCAUCACUUCAAGGUCUCACCACAACAGGACCCCGAGGCAACGAGAAAGGCAUGGCUGGAUGCAGUGGCCGAGCACGCAGCCUACAGCACUCACUACUGUUCACAAGAGCAGGGCAGCGAGGAGGACGAGGAGGAGGAAGUGAUGUCAUUGGGGGAGUUAACAAACUCAUUGCAGGCGGCAGAGGAGAGCCAGCGGAGGCUGCAGAGGGAGGUGACGGCUUUUCUGUCCUUGGUGAAAAACGACGCACUGUUACAAAACUUCCCCACCAGCACACUACAGAAAAUGAAAGAAAUUUGUGAGUUGUCCAGCGAAACCAGUUGCAACCUCAACGUGUGUCUUUGCCUUCUGUCCAAAAAGGAAGGGGUGCGCAGUCUGAAAUUGGAGCACGAGCUGGAGAAGAACAAGAUCCUCUCAGAUGCACUGCAGACUUUGGCCACGGAGCAUCACGAACUUGAGCAAUCCAUCGCCAAAGGAUCUUCACCCCGGAGUGCCCUCAGCGAGGAUGAGUUCCACGAUGCUGUUUCUGACUCAGACUCAGAGCACUCCCUGAGCGGCUUUGAGACAGUUGCCAGCCAUUCCUUUGACGAGGACGAAGAGGAGGACAAAGGUUCUGACAUGUUGAGCAGCUCCUGCCACAGCCCCACCAACAUGUUACAGGACGGAGCCCAGAAUGACAAAGAGGAGACUCAGACCAAUGGGGUCAUCGAGCACAGGACCAGCUUACCUGCACCAAUGUUUUCAAGAAAUGACUUCAGCAUCUGGAGUAUCCUGAGGAACUGCAUUGGAAUGGAACUCUCAAAGAUUACAAUGCCAGUGAUUUUCAAUGAGCCACUCAGUUUUCUGCAGCGUCUCACCGAGUACAUGGAGCACACGUACCUCAUCCACCAGGCCAUCGCAUCCUCCGACUCCUUCGAGAGAAUGAAGUGUGUGGCGUCCUUUGCUGUGUCCGCCGUGGCCUCACAGUGGGAGCGGACGGGGAAACCUUUCAAUCCUCUGCUGGGAGAAACCUAUGAACUGAUCAGAGAGGAUCUGGGUUUCAGGCUCAUAUCAGAGCAGGUCAGCCACCACCCACCAGUCAGUGCCUUCCAUGCCGAGGGUCUGAAACAAGACUUUGUGUUUCACGGGUCCAUUUACCCUAAACUCAAGUUCUGGGGUAAGAGUGUGGAGGCUGAUCCGAAAGGAGUCAUCACGCUGGAGCUGCCCAAAUUCAAUGAAGCCUACACCUGGACUAACCCCACCUGUUGUGUUCAUAACAUCAUUGUCGGCCAGCUGUGGAUAGAGCAGUACGGAAAUGUGGAGGUAGUUAACCACAGAACUGGAGAGAGAUGCUUCCUAAACUUUAAACCGUGUGGCCUCUUUGGCAAAGAACUUCACAAGGUUGAAGGCUACAUUCUGGAUAAGAGCAAAAAGAAACUCUGUGCUCUCUAUGGGAAAUGGACGGAGUGUCUGUAUGUUGUUGACCCUGCUGCCUUCGAGGCACAUAAGAAAAGUGAUAAGAAAGGAGCGGCAGAGAAAAAAGGCAACAAGGAGAACGGCAGUGAGGAUGAAGAGGAGGCUCCGUCACCUGCUGCAGACACCGUGGAGGUGAUUCCUGGAAGUCAGCUGCUGUGGAGAAUCCCUCCACGACCAGCCAACUCCACCCAGAUGUACAGCUUCACAUCCUUCGCGAUGCAGCUGAACGAACUGCACAAGGACAUGGAGGGAGUGGUGCCUCAGACCGACUCCAGGAUGAGGCCCGACAUACGAGCCAUGGAGAACGGAGAUAUUGAUCUGGCCAGUCAGGAGAAGAAGAGGCUGGAGGAGAAACAGAGAGCUGCUCGUAAAAACCGCUCCAAAUGUGAUGAAGAGUGGAAAACACGGAAUCCUCCUCUGGGCCCCAGGUGGUUUAAGCAGGGACCAAACCCACACACCAGAUCCCAGGACUGGAUCUUUUCUGGUGGAUACUGGGACAGGAAUUACAGCCAGCUUCCAGACAUUUACUGAUGGGCAUUUCCUAAAUAGACAGACAAAUGUAUUCUCAUCUAAUACCAUGUGUACGGAGCGUCGUCCAUGAAACCAUAACAUUCACUACAACUAAAACAUAUACAGAGUGACUUGAUCAUGACGUGGCCUUAAGCAGUUUUAUAUUGGUCAGACUUCAAUCAUCCGCGGUGAUUGAUAGUUGAUGUAAAUGUUGGGCUAUGUGUAGCCUUUGUAUUUGGACAGAGAGGUCUGUAUGUCUUUGAGAAGAGGAGCUGAUGCAGUCAAGUUUUAACGUCUUCUUUUAUUGUUGUUUAUUGUUUUAUCUGUAAAUUUAUAUCUGUACAUAAGACAAGCACGUACAUUUAAAUUAGGAGUGAUAAAAAAGAAGGAACAAACGACGUCUGUCAGGCUUUAGAUUAUUAUAACACACUGUAAAUUAAUUGAUUUUUGUAAAGAAACAUGAAUUACUCUGCUUGGUUCUUCACAACAAACUAUGCAUAAUGAGGUCACAAACCCUUAAAAGUAUUUAAUUUGAAGACAUUUUACCCUAAAAAAACUGCAGGACAUACUAUUUCAAUUUACUGUUUUAAAAAAAAUAACAUGAUUGUAUUGGUUUAUGUUUAAAUUUGUGUGUUAGGGAUGCUGGAGCAAUUUCAGAAUUAUCUGAGAAAUAAAGUGUGAUUCAAACAAG